AUGGAGAAAUCAAACGAAUGUAUCAUGAGGAAGAAGGAAAAUUUUGCCCUUGAACAUAGUUAUGAAAAAUGGAGAAAAGAAUGUGUAAAAGAUAAUACGAAUAAGGGUGCUACUGAUGAAGGAACAGCGAAUGCUGUUAUUCACAGUAAGUAUCAAGGAGAAAAUGGAAAUAAUACCAAUGAUGCUAAAAAUGAUGCCAAAAUUGAUGGUAAAAAUGAUGCCAAAAAUGAUGGUAAAUAUGAUGCCAAAAAUGAUGCCAAAAAUGAUGCCAAAAAUGAUGCCAAAAAUGAUGCCAAAAAUGAUGCCAAAAAUGAUGCCAAAAAUGAUGCCAAAAAUGAUGGCAAAUAUGAUGCCAAAAAUGAUGGCAAAUAUGAUGCCAAAAAUGAUGGCAAAUAUGAUGCCAAAAAUGAAACUAGUAAAGGCGAAAAUAAUAAAAAGAGGAAAAAAAAUAACGGAGGAGAGAAAAAAAAAGAAAUCAAAAGAUUUUCCUUGUUUGGUCAGGUAAAACCAGUGGAUGUAAUAAACAGAGGAAUUGAUGUGUAUCCAUAUCUGAGAAAUGAAGAAAAUUUAUACGUGGAUGUUUUGAUCAUAGGUUCUGGAAUUUCAGGACUAGCUGCUUCAUACUACUUAAACAAAUGCAAUGCGGACAUAUUAGUAAUCGAAGGAAGAAAUCGAAUUGGAGGAAGAACAUUUUCCACAAUUUUGCCUGAACGGAAAAUAAAAAAUAAUGUAUUGUCUGAAACGAUAGUCGAUUUGGGUGCAAAUUAUUUCCACUGUUGUGAAAAUGAACAUUUGUCAAGUGACAAUAACACAAAAACGAAAGAGAAUAACAAAAUAAAUGAAAUGGAUAAUACAAUCAAGAAGGAGUUAUUUUCUAUGUAUUCAGAAGGAACUAUUGGUACUGAAGAAGGGACAAUGAGAAAAGGUAAAAGAGGGAGGAAAAGAAAAAUUUUGAAGAAUAAUGCCACAAAAAUGAAAUAUAUGCAACAAAUUGAUAAGUUAAAAGGUAAAACUUAUUUAGACUCCUUUAGGAAAGAAGAAAUGGAUAAAAUAUUAUCUGAAAAUGUGAAUCUAUUCAAACAGCAAUAUGGAAAACUGUUAAAAGAAUUUGGGAAAUUUCCCACGAAUUGGGGAACAGAUGGUAUACACAAUGAAAAUUCUGAGUCAAACAAUAAGACUAAUGGAAAGAAAAACAGAUGUGACGUGCAAUAUAUGCAAAAAAAAAUUAGUAGACAUAUGAACCAAUUAAGCACAGUUGAGGAAAUAAACAAAUCGUGCAGUGAUUCUAAUUACUUGUACAUGAGAAAAAAAAAAAGGGAAAAAAAAAAAAAAAUAAGGAAAAAUAUGCUUUUCAUGUUGAGAUAUAACAUUGAUAAUAUUUGUUCUUUGUAUGAUUAUAUAUACAAAAAGAAGGAAGCAGAGGGUGAAAAGAAUAAAAAAAAUGAUGUGUUAACUUUUUUAAAAGAUAUGGAUGAAAAUGUAAAACUUUAUACUUACCUAAGUGAUAGUUGCAUGUGUUUACCACCUAGUUGUACCAGAUAUUCAGAAUCCACACCAUUUUGCAAUUAUCCACACAUUUCAAAAGAUGAAAAUAAGAAAUUAAAAAUCCUCGAAGUUAAUAAAGACACAAGAAGGAGAAGAGAAUUUGAUAAAUCAGUUACACAACUUGCUAAUAACUUAAAACCGAGAAUUUCUUUAGUAUGUGGUAAGGACAAUUGGGAAUCCACUUUUUAUGCUUUUUGGUAUAAUAAUGAAAAUGGGAGAAAAAUACAAAGCUUUAAAAUAUAUAGGAUGAAUUUACUAUGUGAUAAAAUUAGAAUUAGAGCUUACAGAAAAAUAAAAUCUUUCUUAUUUAUUAACAACGUUAAUGGAUAUAAUAAUACCGUUGAUAAGUAUCCACACCCCGACAUUGAAUUAUACGCACAUGUAUUCAAUCGUUUGAAACAGAGAAGAAAUCACAAUCCAGUUCUGACAUAUGGCCAAAAAAGACAAUUUCAAAAACAUGGAUCAAAUGAAGAAGAAAAAGAGAAAAAAAAAUUAAAAUGUUUAUCACACCAAUUUGAUUUAAUCCAUAGGAGGGAAAAUGGUAUACAAAUGAUCUCACCACAUAAGUAUCAACAGGAAGAGGAUGUAAAAAAACGAUCCGAUCAGACAAGUGUUCAAAAUGUUGAAUCGUCUAUGAGGAGUAAAUGGAAUUUGUCUUAUCAGAAUGUUGAAAUUGAUUCCAUGCCGAAAGGUUGUCAUCACAUAAGUUUGCAAGGGACUGAUCCCGUGAGGAGAGUUUUUCCAAAACUUGGCGAAUCUGAUAGCACAGAAAAUAUGAAGAGAAAAAAAUCGAAACGAGUUUAUAAGCUUAUGAAGAAAAAAUCAUUCAUUGGUAAGGACAUUGAAAAGUACGACAAGGAUGCAAUAAGGUAUGGUAAUUAUUAUGAUUAUGGAGAGGAAUAUUACAAGAUUGUUAAAAAAAAGAGUGAUAAUAUGUUUAUAAGUAACAAAAAGAAUAUAACAAAAACGUUUUUAUAUAAUGAAGAAAACAAAAGGAGAAGUAUGUGGGAUUUAUUAAUGGAAUGUACAGAAGAAAUAAUUAAUGAAAUGAAUUUGAAUCAACAGAAUUUCUCACUUGAAGAAUGGAAAAUAUUAAUGGUAAUAUUGCAAUCAAGAUAUGGUUAUGGUAGUGAUUUAAGGGAAACAUCUAUAUCCAUGUCUAGACUCCCUUUUGUUAAUAAUACAGAUAUUGAUAUCUGUCCAGAUUAUGGCACUGAUGAUUACAUUUUAAAAAAUAUAAAAUAUUAUAAUAGAAUUAAAAAAUAUGAACAAGUUCCUCACAUUACCACUUUUAAGGACACCACCAGUUCUGAUCAAAUUGUUUUGGAUGGAUGGAAAUGGUUAAUAAACUUUUUAUCUGAGGAUAUUCAAAAUAAAAUCCUUCUCAACACGGUUGCUGAAAUGGUGUGUAUAAAGGAGGAGGACGACACUCCUGAGGGGUCAAAGAACAACCUUGUAAAUCGUACCUCCGUUCAGGCUUCUACUGGGUCUGAGUUUGCAAUGUCUACUGUUGUCGGAGGUGCUACGUCAGCUGUUUCGAUCGUUACAUCUGAUUCUCUCGCUACUUCUUCUCUGGCCACUCCUCCCCAUGAUAGCGAGGACAACCCACUUGGGCAUUCCCAACCGAGCGGUUCCCCUCCUAGAGAACCUCAGCAUCGUGACAGAGGGAUUAUCAAAGUGGAAAAUAUAAUCAGUGGCGAUAAUAAUAGUGCUGCGUUUGAUAGAAAUAAUGUUUGCACUCUCACAGAGGAAAAUGUGAAACACAAUAAAAAAAGGACUCAUCCUGAGGAAGAACGAUGGAAUGGGAAUCAGAUUCGUCAUACGAGAGUUUCAAAAGUAGAUCAUAAAUUAAUGAAAUUGUGUAAAACGAACGAAAUAGUAGAGACAUUAAAAAAAUGGUAUGAACCGAAUGAUGAGAUAGAAAAUUACCAUGUUAUGGUGAAGUGUAAAAGUUACGAUACUUGGAUGAAAGAUAUUAAUAAGAAAUUUCAUGGAACAUCGGAUUUAACAAAUUGCAAAUAUACCAAUGUGAACAUUUUUGCUAAAUAUGUUAUUGUUGCUUUGCCUCUUGGAUGUUUAAAAGAAGAUGGGAAAAAAACAAAAAAGAAAAAUUCUUAUUUACAAUUUGAACCAAAGUUACACCCACUUAAGGUUAAAGCACUGAAUAAUUACAAAAUGGGCAAUCAUAAUAAAAUAAUUUUACGAUUUUAUCCUUUCGAUUUUGCAUGGCCAUUUGAUAGUUUACAAAUAAAUUGUAUUGAUCAGAAAUUUCAAUUUCUUAAUCUACAUGCAUAUGGAAAACUUGGAUGUAUAUUAGUACACUGUUUCCCUCCUUGGUCAUGUACUUAUGGGCAUAUUAAAAAAGAACGUUAUAUAGUUAAUGAAUGUUUAUACACUCUACAUAAAAUGUUUGAAAAAUGUGAGAAACAACUACCUGUACUUGUUGAUUAUAUUGUUACAAAUUGGCAAGAUGAUAAUUUUUCUUGUGGUUCAUAUACAUAUCCACAUAUCAAUUGUACCGACAACGAUUUAAUUUAUUUGAGAUCUCCACACCCUCUUAAUAAUCCAAAGGUUGUUUUUUGUGGUGAAUAUUUAUCAAAAAGUUACUUCCAAUGUGUAGAUGGAGCCUACGACACAGGCAUACGAGCUGCCGAAGACAUUGCACACAUUGGAUUGAAAUUAAAGAGUUUCGAUAACAAAUAUUACAAUACAGAUGUUUUUUUCUUCCCUCAAGGCACUUGUCCAUUUACUAACAUACCUUUACCAAAGAUGAAAGAGAACCUCCUUGGAUUUUACAUAACCGAUGGUAGUGAUGAAGCUCUAACUGAUUAUGAAAGUUCUUCAGAAAAUGAAUUCGAUAGCAUUUCCACUAUCCCUUUGUCAAUACUCAAACAGGAGCAUGAUUUUUUGUCUUAUUCAUUAAACAAAGUUGUGGACUUUUUUAACCGUUUGAAGAUUGAACCUGUUAGUAAAACUUCAGAAAAUGGUCAUACAAAAAAGACAGGAAAAAAUGCAAAAUUUAAGCGAGAACAACCGGAAGAGGAUCCCACGAGUAAUGUAAUUAACGAAAAUUCUCCAGAAAAAUUAGUAUGCCAAGAUAACGAUAAAAUUGGUAGUGCUUCUGUCGAUAGAAUGAACUCCACUGAUAUUCACGAAAGUCAGGCACUAGCAAAUGAUAACGACAAAACUAGUGUGAUCCCAUUAUCAGAAGAAGAAGAAGAAGCAGGAGCAAAUGAAGAAGAAAAUGUAAGGCAGGGAUGCACACUUAGAAAUGAACACAAACUUGAUUCCGUUUCAGGGAACAUUUUAAACAAAAACAUAAAUUUGGAUAAAUUGAAUAAGAUUAUUAUAAGUACGGAAGGUGAAAAUAUGAUAUGUUUGGAUGAGGAAGAUAGCAGUAAUGAUAAAAAAGUUACUGCUGAAACUGGUAUCCCACCUGAAUUCGAAAAUAGAGAUUCAAGUAUGCUUGAGGAUUUAUCUCGAAAAUGGUUCAUAUCUGGAUCUCCACAGUUACCCCACGAAUUGUUCACACAAGGAGCGUUAGAUUUACCCAUAGAUUGGCUCACAUCAGGGGAAGCAGAUUUACCAGAAGAUUUGCGGCUGAAAUGGAUAAUAUCGUGGUCAGAAAGUAAAUUUCCCGCGAAUAGCUUAGUAAAGACACAGAAGAAUAUACAUAAUACACAUAUUUUACACAAAAUUGGAAAAAUUGAAGAAUACACAUUUCCAAGCAACUAUGAAAAGUUCAUUUUGUACGUGGAUAAAUAUAUAAUAAAAUUGAACGAUGUUAUUUUCCACAAUUAUAAUAAAAUUGAGAUAAAUUCGUUAAAAAAUAAUAUAACAAUACCCAUUUUUUUAAAAUUGAAAUUUAUGCUAUGCGAGUAUUUAUCAUGCGUGCAGAAAAAAUAUCAUCAUUUUCAAUAUUUUAUUCAAAAGGAAUUAUUUUCCAAAAUUGAAAAGUCUAAAGAUGUUCUUAUGAAACAUUUAGACUUGAAUGAGGAAGCUAACCUGGAUACACUGUUAAAAUUUUUGGAAGGAAAAAUAAAUUAUCAGUUAAGUGUCGAAAUAGGGAAAGAAAAAAAAAAGGAGAAUGAAAAUGUUCACAUUUUGCCUGAAUAUUCAGAUCAUGUGGAAAAAUGUGCAAAUAAUUUUAAUCAUAAUCAUAGUUCUUCGAUGAAUAAAGAACAAAAUGUUGAAAGUUGCGGAAAAGACGAUGAGAAAUCUUACGAUAUCACGUCACAACAUAAUAGAGAAGGAGCAAAAAUGCUUAGGGGAAAUAUGAAGAACGGUUCAGAUAAAAAUGAAGAAAAAAUUGUGGAAGAAAAUAAAAAAUUCGAAAAAAAUAUGUACAGUUCAGAAAAAAAAAAUCAAAAGGAGAAUGUGUGCAAAGAUUUAGAUAUAUACGAAGAACAGAAAAUAAAUAAUAUGUAUGUUCAAUAUAAACAAUUGUGUGAGCUGAACAAAUAUAUGAAUUAUUUUUUAAGUCAAAGGUUCAUGUCAAGCAUAGGUGCAAAACAAUGUAUUAAUUAUUUAAAUGAAUAUCACAAAAUUAAAUUAAAUUGUACGGGUUUCCUUUUUUUUUUUUGUUAUCUUUUGGAAUAUAUAAUAAAAGAAAUAAAUUAUGACACACAUCAUCAUUUUAUUGAUUCUACUGUAAUUAUCCAGUUGUUAUGUGAUUACCUAUAUUACUUGAUAUUUUACAAAAAUGAUGUUUUGUGCUAUAAAUGCAUGAAUGGGGGGGAAUUAAUCAUGUGUGAUUUUGUCGGAUGCACCCAAGGAUGGCAUUCUUACUGCUUAUACACGAAAGCAGAUGUAGACGAUAGUAAAUCAGAGGGUAGAUGGGUUUGUCCCAGUUGUGUUCGUACUAAUUUGUCCCAAGUUUUUCAGCGUGGAUGUUAUAACCAGAAUGAAAUCAUACAGAACUACUGGAAUAGACGAGUUUAUAUUUACAAAAUAAAGUUUUUUCUUUCGAGAACACGAAGAAUCAGAAGGAGAUUAGACAUGUUGCAAACAGAGCUGUCCAAAAGGAUCAAAUGA